UCGAUUCCGGUUAGACCAUUUCAUUUCAGCGGGCAAUCUAUCUGGUGGUGGGUUUUGCAGAGGUUUUAGGGUUCGAUUCGACGCGAGGCUGAGCAAGAAAGAAAGAAAAAAUGGCAGCUUCGGUGGCCGGAAGAUCCAGACUAAUGCCUGCUUUGUGUAGAGCAUCAAAGAAUUCUUCUUCUUUUCCAUCCACCAGAAGAUUCUCAGUACCAUUGCGUCCGUCCAGUUUCGUGCUUCGUCGGUCUCCAAUUUCCCCUCCUCCUCUUCUAAGGUUGGUCCGACGAGAACUGUGCUCUCUUCAUCCCGUCCACGCCGCAAUCGCUUCCGCUUGCCUUGUUUCCAAGCUCCCCAGCGAAGUCAGUACCUCCACCAUAGGUAGAUUUGCGAACUAUCUGAGUCCUAUCUAGUACCGAGUGGAUGGCAAGAUCAAGAGUUUGUUCUGUGUCAUUGGCUGAUUAGUACUUUUUGGAAGAAGUUGGAGUUCAGGUCUUGCAGGCUUAAUUGCUGAACAUGAUUUUUGACUUUCUCUUACUAAGUUGCAAGCCUUAGGCUAUUUCCUGAAAUUCUCCUACUUUGCUAUAUGAUAAAUUUGAUUUAACUUUGUUGAGUCAAUCUAUGUUUUCCUGUUUUUUUCAGUUAUUGCCUCAUGAAUCAUUUGCGAAAGUAUUUGGAUGUAGAAGCAGUAACAACAAGGCACAAUGGUUAUGCUGGCAAUGAUUGAGUUAAGCAAACCAUUAAAAAAAUGAUGUAUCUCUUUCCAGUGUAGUUUCAGCAAGGAAAUUAAUAAAAAGUCAUCUUUUGGUUUCUAGAA